AUGACCCUAAGGAACGGUCGAGUAUUGGGAACACCUGAACAGAAUUUCCUUGCAGAGGAUUCUGAGAAAGAGAUGAGUCUAGACCCCAGUUCUGAAGCUCCACCAGCUUCUAAGGAUGAUGAGCUUGAACAAGUUGGGAGAGGCAAUGCCAUAAAGCAAGUUCCAACUUAUGCUAAGUUCUUGAAAGACUUAUAUACUCAAAAGCGUAAGCUGAAGAUCCAUAUUCUAAAAACUGUCCAACUUACUGAGCAAGUGACUGUUGUCUUGUCCAAUAAGCUUCCCCUUAAGCUUAAAGAUCCAAGAACACCUCUCAUAUCUUACAACAUUGAGAACCUUCCCAUUGAGCGUGCUCUCUUUGAUCUAGGGGCGAGUGUGAAUAUUUUACUUAUCUUAGUUUGUAAUCAUUUGGGGUUUGGAGAAUUGAAGCCUACAGAGGUUAUUCUCCAAUUUGUUGACCGUUCAAUCAAAGUCCCUAGAGGCUGUAUUGAGGAUGUAUUAGUUAAGGUUGAUGAGCUUUAUUUUCCUGUGGAUUUCCUUGUUCUUGACAUGGAAGCACCUACUAAUGGAAAACCACAAUCGAUAUUCUUAGGGCGUCCAUUCUUGUCCACUUCCAAUGUAUGCAUCAAUUAUAGAUCAGGUGCAAUGCACAUUUUUUUUGGUAAUAGGAAGCUCCGAUUGAACAUCUUCAAUGCUUUUUUAGGGCCCCAACGUGAGGAUGAGUGUUUCUCCAUUGAUGUGAUAGAGCAGGUGGUAGCACAGUACACCCUAGUGAUAUUAGCAGAUGACCCAAUGCAGCAGUGUUUGACCUUCUUUGGAGGUGAUGAUUUUGAUGUUGAUUCUUACGCUACUGAAGUCAAUGCUCUGUUAGAUGCUCCUACAUUUUCUGAUCGUCCUCCUUGGACUAUCAAGUUUGAGUCCAUUCCUCCUUUGGCUGAGAAGCUAGUAUUCAGUUCUAUUGAGCCUCCACCAAUGUUAGAGCUCAAACCAUUGCCAGAUUCAUUGAAAUAUCCUUUCUUGGGAUCAAAUGAGACACUCCGUAUCAACAUUGCUUCCAAUUUGACACCUAAUCAAGAAAGCAAAUUGUUGGAUGUUCUCAAUGAACAUAAGGUUGCCAAUGGAUAG